AUGUUUAAUUCAACAGAAAUAAAUUUUCUGGACGUUAAAUUGAGCUGGACAGACUACAUACUUUUUGGAACGCUGCUGAGCAUGAGUGUACUAAUAGGCGGGUGGUUCGGAUUAGUGCGAAAGCAAACCACCACCACUGAAUACAAUUUUGGUGGUAAAACGAUGAAUUAUUUUCCUGUCCAUCUGUCGGGGAUAGCUUUGGUCGGCGUACCUGCAGAAAUUUAUCAGUAUGGAACCCAUUACUUGGCAACCAUUGUUUCAGUUAUAUUAACUGGUUUGGUAACGGUCUACAUAUGUUUGCCAGUUUUUUACCAUCUCCAGCAACCAAGUGUCUUCGGCUACCUCCAGCUCCGGUUUUCUCGUUCCACUAGACUUAUUUACUCAUUUUUCUACAUCAUCACUCUGUUUAUUUACGUCCCGAUCGUCAUUUACGUUCCAGCGCUGGGCCUUGCCCAGGUCACCAAAAUAAGUAUUCACGUCAUUGCGCCGGGAGGAUUAAAGGCCGUUGUUUGGACAGACACAUUGCAAUUUACAAUUGUAGUUGUCAGUAUUGUCGCAAUAUUCGCCAUAGGCGUAAAAACUGUAGGAGGAUUCGCUGAAAUUUUUCGAGUCACUGAUCAAGGAGGACGUCUUAUUUUUCUUGACUUAAAUCCAAGUCCUUUUGUCAGAAAUAGUUUUUUCGCAACGACUCUAGGGAUGACUUUACAUUUUUUUGCAGUAAUGAGCGUAAAUCAGGGCGCUAUACAAAAACUUUUGUCUGUACCGACUGAAAAAAAUGCGGCAAUAGCAACGCUUAUCAUGUCAAUAAUGGAAAUAUUCAUGAAAAUAUUAUUCGUUUUUAUUGGAUUGAUAAUAUACACUCGUUAUCGGAAUUGUGAUCCAGUGUCGACAAAGAUAGUCGAUCGCAGUGACCAAAUUUUUCCCUUUUUCGUGAUGGAGGUCACUGGACACAUUCCAGGACUUGCCGGGUUAUUCCUAACCGGGCUGGGGUCUGCUGCGCUGUCGACAAUGAGCACAAAUCUCAACGUGAUAUCAGGAAUCGUCUAUGAGGACUUUAUAGAGCCCUGGAUCCCGGACAACGCCGCGAAAGACGCGAACGGAACCAAAAUAAUGAAGCUCCUGGUGGUGAUCGCCGGCUUCAUUUCCAUAGGCCUCGUUUUCGUGGUCGAUGGUCUGGGGACCGUUUUUCAGAUCAGCAUAAGUCUGAGGUCCGUGAUCGACGGGCCAAUGGUCGGGAUCUUCUUUUUAGGACUUAUGGUCCCGUGGGUAAAAACCCGAGGCGCUUUGAUCGGGACAUUUGUCUCUUUUGUCUUUAUGCUGUGGUACGUCGGCUCCAGCGAGUAUUACAAACUAAAGUUCAAGACGUUUUCCGACACUUUGCCAAUCAGCGUUGAACAAUGUCCAUAUCCGCUCAAUAAUACUGUCAUACAUAGUUCGCCGUCUCAAAAUGAGAUUGAGGAAAAUAGUAUUCCGUUGAUUUAUCAAAUAUCAUUUUUGUAUUACACGGCAAUUGGAUUUAUUGUGAUGUGUGUUGUAGCAAUUUCAGCGAGUUUUAUUUUAAAAGAAACUGAUAUUGAUAACGUUAAUCCCGAACAUUUUACUCCAUUUGUUAAAAGAAAUGAAUGGAGGAUUUAA